CUCAUGCACAGAGCGAGCACUGUGACUAUUUUUACCUUUGAUACGCUCAUUGAUCUUGUAUUGUUUAAUAAGAUUUAUUUAGCUGGACUUUUCCUACUCAGCAUAUGCUCAUUGAUUCCACAGGAAAUACAAGUUCAACCAACUCGACUAAAUUUCUUUUAUAAACCCAUCAGCCGUAUAAACACUACAAGCGCAUAUCAAAGAAUAAACAGCAGAUCUUUCACAAAGUAUUAGCGGUAAACGCACCUUUGUUGGGGCAUCGGUUGCACACUAGGUGCUUCUCGACCAACAUUCACAUGCCUUAUUGCCCCACUACAUCCACACUUCCAAGACAAACUGCUCAUUUCAGACGAAAACUUGUCUUUCAAAAUUUUACUGGGUUCUGCUAUACACAUAAUUAUAAAUCAACUAGCUUUUGUAUUCUUCGAUAUUCAGAUGCAUAUAUGCCAUUUAUUCGACAGAAAUCAACAUGCGCCAAUCACACAGUACCUUUUGAUCGUCUUAAAUCCCUUGCGAAAUCUCGCACUAAUUCUAUUAUACCCUCAUCAUCUCUAGUUCAGACUAGUCCACAAUCUAUACCAAAAACACUUUUAAUCAAUCCAAAUACCGAGCGUUUGAUUAUAAAUUAUAUAGAUCGAAAUCAACUAAUACAGGCAAUGGAUAUACUAUGGUCACAUAGAUCCGUUGGAAACAUGAUAUCACUUGACACUUUGGAUCUGAUCUGCUCGGCUGUAUUAAAUCACGGAUGUCAUCAUACCAUUUCAUCAUAUUUACGAUGGGCGACACUGUACGCUAACUCAUCUAACCAGCAAAGUAUGAUGCCGAUGCUGUGUCGAAUUGUGCAGGAAUCUAAAUCUGCAAGUCAUGCUUCAAUAGUGCUGGAUUUUAUUUAUAGAAAUAAGAUUUCAACUUCGCCGCAGUCGCUGAUUUUGUUUUCCAUCAUCUUCACCGAGAAUAAUCAGCACUCUGACGCCAAGAAUAUAAUUGAUGAGCUGAUACGAUCUAGUCAGUUUGGAAAAGCAUCAAGCGACGUGUACGAAGCACUCAUUUACCAUGCCUUACUGACACAAGAUUUCAAAGUAGCAUUCAGCAUUUUGGUUUGGGCAAUAGAGUUCAACAUCUGUUUGGGUGAAAAGUCCAUCAGCCAAUUUGCUCAUAAGUUAUCCAAAGCAGGAAAGAUGAAGAGUAUCACGAUUCUGCUGCAGCUAUGCAAAGAUUAUCGGCUUGGAGGUGUAUCAGGAAUUGCCCAUAUUUACUCUGCAGCUAUUCGAUGUCAUAUAUAUACUCAGCCCCGGAAUCUAGACGGUCUCAUGCAAAUCUUGAAAUGCGUCACACCAGAUAUGCUUACUAAAUCUUCUUGCCUGGUGGCUACGCUUGUUGCUACUGCCCAUCACGUAGAGCGGCUUGAUCCACAUGUAUAUAUUCCCAUUCUUUCAACCAGUUUACUGAGAAGCCACUUUAAUCGUAUGGAUGCUUCUAUUUUCUACGAGAUCGUUGAUACUCUUUCUACUCCGCCUUUGAGUCGGCAAAUUUUACCAAAAUUAUGGCUAAACGAAAUGAUCACUGCUGGCCAUCGUCCCCCAGUUGAUCUUUUAGUUCAAAUUCUUACCAAUGCUAUAGAUCAUAGAGCUUUCAAGUCUACCGAGAAAAUGUUUAAUGAGACCUAUAGGCAGGGCUAUAGAGUGAGUAAAUCCUUGUUUACGAUGAUUAUUCAAAUGCAAGCCGAGGCGUGCAAUCCCCAGACAACACAUUGGUACAUUGAUCGAAUGCUGAGAGAGGGUUACUCAUUGACCCUUCCUAUUCUUCACUCCUUGAUUCGAAUGUUUAUUCAACUAAACGACUUGGAUGAAGCGUUGAGUCUUUUAAAAAGGGCUCCCGAAAUCGAUCAAGCUUUGCAUCAGGCUAUAAAAGAGCACGCUAAUGAAGCGACGGUAGACUGUUCACUGACUGAACUCAUGUGCAGAAAACCAAAUGUUGUCGGAUUAUCAAAGAGUUUUGAAUCUCGAGUUCAAAGCAAAUCCAAUGUUAAUAGUAUGCAUGACAUUUUAACCGAGGUGGUUGAGUGGUAUGUAAGAUUGGAUCAGCUUGACGAAGCACGGCGAUAUAUUGAUUUGAUUCUUAAACUUGAUCAUCGUGUCCAAACGAUUGCGUUUUCAAUCUACAUCAAGGGAUUUGGAAUUGCCAAUCGUCGUUCCGAGCUAGUUUCGUUUAUUGCUCAUUUACCAUACAUGUAUACUCGACCGGACGAAAGGCUGUUUGCUGCACUUGCUCUUGCAUUAUCCCGUUGUCAGGACUUUACUAUUCACGACAUUGAGCGAGUGAUAUCCAUAAUGGUGACAUACUAUGGGAUCACGCCUACUCAAGAUUACAUGUGGACAGCAUUGAUGAGAUGCUACCAAUGUGCUUCCAGUUUCAUUUGCAUUCGGCAUGUUUGGUUGGCUUAUAUGGAUAACAUGUAUUCAUCUGGGCGUUUGAUAAAUCUGACACCUAGCGAUUGCCACCAACUCAAUUGUAUGUUGACACUACUUGUUACUACUUGGGGCACUUCUGAUUGCAAUACAAUUGCAGCUAUUGGAAUGCACAGUGAUUGGAUAGGCGAUCAAUUUUCCCAAUGCAUUCGCAACUAUAAUGUUAUUCUUGAUGUGCAAUCUUGGACUAAACUGUCGACUGUUAGUGCAAUCUACCAAGUACCUCGAUUAUUUUUAUUUGUAUUGGACUGUGCUGUCAAUUCUGAUCAUGAUCCCAAUGAAUUUCAAUUGAGCACCGACAUAGAGUCUGCAGACCAGUCCAAGCAGGAGCCUCAAGAACACCAAUCAAAAAGGGACGGGACUGUUUUAAAAUGGUACACUGCCAAUACUAAGCAGAGUAGAACCACCAAAAGUUUAAAAUUCAAAGCCAUUCAUGUAACUCCAGAAAUACUUUCUUCGGUUUAUAUGACACUUGUGCAAGGGGAUGAUCAGUUUGGGAUUACCAUUUUGGGACAUCUUGUGAACCAAAUUCUAGAAUAUAGAACUUCCGUCAAGAUGCGAGAGUUGGGGGAACGCAUUCGUAUGCAUUGACAUCAUUAGUAAUAAAGAUAUUAGAAUAAUCUGCUAGU